CAGACGUCAGAAGGGAGUCUUCGCCUCGAGUCAAAACAAAACAUUACAAAAAUGAUCUACGAUGAAUGACUCUUUGGACACCGGCGAUAUCAAGAAAUUGAACGGGAAUUACGAUUAAGGAGAUUGAGAAUUCAAGUCAUGAGCCACGUUUGCCUUUUCGAUUGUUUUGAGACGGAUUUUAACUCAUAAAUAACAAGAGUUAGCCAGCUAAGUGGCUAUCCAACUAUUCCAAUGUUGUGUCUAGCUUGUUAGCAUACAUUUCGAGUUUGGAUUGAACAUACAAGAAGUGUGAGAGAAGUCAUCUGAAGAAGGAAUAUGCAUAUUCAUUUCUGAAACAACUCCCUACGAACUGGCUUCAAAGUAGACGGACUUCUUCACACAACUGUUCCACUGGUUUAUGCCCGCGCGAGCAUCGUGUGCUGCUGCGUCUCGAGAAACAUGGCAGAUGGUGACACGCGCCUGACCACAGCGUGGAGGAGCGUGCAGACUUGAACCAUAAUACGGAUCUGUUUUCUUUUUGUAAAUUCAUUCAAAUAACGUAAAAGACAAGAAUGACCAGUGUGACCAUCAAGAAUUUGACUCCUCUCUUUAAUUCUUGACGGACAAUACUGCAUCAUCACAUAAAACGGUACAGAUUCAGGCGCAUUUCUCUGGCAGCCUGAUCAGGUUACAUUUUAUUAGUUUCGCUUAAAUUAAAUAUCUGCUUUUUAUAUCUAUACUUGAAUUUUUUUUACUUGAUAUGCCGGCGUAGUGGUCUACGGGGGUUUUAACUGAGGUAUUUUUGUUUCGGGAAGCUAGCUUUCCAGUUAAGUUAAUGUAUUGACAAGCAGCCUUGAUUAGUAGCCUACUGAUCAAUAUUUUACUAAUAGCCUGGAGUGUGUAAUAUUGUCAUACUGUCAGCAAAAGUAUUUAAUUGAAAGUUUGAAUGCUUAGAAAUUCACCUGGGCAAUUUUGCAUUUGGCAAGAGGAGGUUUUGUGCGAGUGGAAACGCACGCUCGAACGUUGUUUACAAGUGUUGAUAGGGCCCAUAAAUCAGAUAGCUCUUUUGUAAUAGUGACCUACUAUGGUAAUCCAAAGGUGUAGACUAUUUCUUGAUUGUCUUUUCAUAUUCGGCCGGUGCUGAAGUGGUUUUGUUUUUUAAUAAUCUGAAUUUAGAAGCGUUCCUAAAACAACUUGAAAUUAGUAUAAAUGGUCUUUGAGUGGAAGCUUGGAAUUUCCGAUGUUAUUUAUUGGAGUCAUUCAAUUUAUUAACGUUUAAAGAAAUCACAUAGUCAAUAGCAUCAAUUGAAAAGCUAUAUUUUUAAAACCAGACUGGACUUUUGUUUGUAUUGGGCACAGUAGGUUAUGCUACAGCUGUAUUGUCGUAAGGGAGUUGCUAUCUAGGCUACUACAUUUUAUUCACGUAAGAAUCCAUCGCCUGCAUGCUCUACAGAUGUUUUGAUGGGACGGUAUUUCACUUCAUGUCAAUUUCCUUUGUUCUUUUUUGUAAACAAAGGCACGCCUUUCCAACCCUCCUUGGCUGUCUGUAAAUCGGAAGGUUUAUGAUAGUUACUAUUAAGAAGAUUAUUUUGUUCCUCUAAUCCCCAAUCUGAGGAUUAACCGACGCUAUAUUGGUAUAUCCAGAUUACUGCGACUCUUUUCUAUCAGACACUCUUCUAAUAGGGACUGGAGGCGAUUUAGUUGAAUUAUUUUUAGGAAUAUUGAACUUGAUUUAGCACAACUGCUAAAACAAAUCAAGGAAUCCCCACGGCGCUGUCAGAAAUAGCGAAACAUAAACCUGCGUUAAACCUCUCCUCAAGACCCCCCUGCCCCCAAGUCACCGUGACAAUUACAGUAGGCCUAGCGCAGUCUAGACAAAUAACAUUUAUUGUUUGGCGUGUAGUCUAAAACUUUAUUUAUUUAAAUAAAAAUCUAUAUUUACAUGCACGUUUAAAUCAUUAGCACUUGAACUUGAUCUCAAAGCUUUUUUUUAAACAAAACAUCCGAACUUCAUUCACAUGAUGGAGGAGGACAGCGUACCCCCGAUUGACCCAGAUUUUGAGCCACAAAGCAGACCGAGGUCGUGUACUUGGCCGUUGCCAAGACCCGACAUCUCAGCUGUCAAACCAGAGGGGGCAGACGGCGCAGAGUCAGCCGCGGGAACCCCGCCCGCCGAGGAAGAUAAGCAUGAGCCUCAGCAAAUCACAUCGGAGCCCGAGAAAGUGGUGGUCACUGAGGGCGGAGUCGCAGCUGGAGUGGGUGGAGCCACUCCUAGAAAAGGGUCAUCCCGGCGCAAUGCCUGGGGCAAUCAGUCCUAUGCGGAUUUGAUCAGCCAGGCAAUUGAAAACUCGCCUGAGAAACGUCUCACCUUGGCGCAGAUCUAUGAUUGGAUGGUGAAAACAGUGCCCUACUUCAAGGACAAAGGAGACAGCAACAGUUCUGCCGGGUGGAAGAACUCUAUUCGACACAACUUAUCCUUGCACAAUAAGUUUCUUCGAGUGCACAAUGAGUCCACAGGCAAGAGUUCGUGGUGGAUGCUCAACCCAGAAGGAGGAAAGACUGGCAAAGCCCCACGGAGGCGUGCAGCCUCAAUGGAUAACAGCAGCAAGCUGCUCAAGAGCCGCAUGCGUGCGAAGCAGACCAAGAAGCAGGCGGGUGCCGCGGGCCUGGGCGCGCCCAGCGGUAGCCUGCCAGGCGAGGGUGGCACAGGGGCAGGUGGCGCGGACAGCCCCGGCUCCUCUCAGCAGUUCCCCAAGUGGGGCGUGAACCGCAACAGCCCGUCAUCUCGCGGCAGCCUGGACGACUCCGACAUGUGGACGAGCUUCCGGCCGCGCACCAGCUCCAACGCCAGCACCCUGAGCGGCAAGCUGUCGCCCAUCGCCCCCGGCCAGGAGGAGGACGACGAGCUGCCCGAGGACAGCCUGCUGAGCAGCUACUCCACCGGCAGCCUGCCGCCCACCCUCACCGAGACCCUCAUGGAGGAGCUGGACCUGAUCGACGGGCUCACUCUCAUGACUGGCCAGCAGGGCGGCGCCAGCCCCAGCACGGCGCCCCCCGCCCCUCCCACUCCUCUACCCUCCGCGGCCACGCUGCUCCCCCGAGGGACGGGCUUCCCCUCCUACAGACGCAUGCAGCCCGCCAAGCCCGUGCAGAGCCCCCCGCAGCCCUGCCCCCAGGCCUCUGUCCAGCAGGGUCCCGGCUCCAACCACAGCCCCUCCUCCUAUGGCAACUCCCUGUUCAACCCGCUGCCAGGGCCGGGCUCUCACGGACCCCACUUUGGCGCCCGCGUGCCUUCCAGCCUGGAGGCUCUGCUCACCUCCGAUUCCCCUCCGCCGAGCGAGGUCAUGAUGACUCAGGUAGACCCGCUCAUGCCCAGCCAGGGAGGGGCAGGGCUGAUGGGCCUGGGGGGGCCCAAGCAGGCAGGCAUGAUGAUGGGCAAGGGCCUGGAGCAGCACCCUGCCGUGGGGACCAUGGGCCUCCCGCCCCAGCCUCAACUCCAGCCACAGCCACAGCCUCACCAGCAGCAGCAGCAGCCACAGCAGCAGCAGCAGCAGCAGCACUCCCAGAUGGGCCUGAGCAUGCUACUGUCCAGCAUGAGCCCGGACCCCACGCAGCUGAGCGCCAUGAAGAACCAACACCACGUGCCAGGCGGGGGGCUCCUCCCCGGGAUCGGCGGCAUGCCCUCCACAGGCGGUGGGAACGGGGGUCCCCAGGGCAUGGGCCAGUUCGGUGGCACCCCCGGCUUCUUCAUGCCCUCCCAGGACCGCUUGCCUACGGACCUGGACAUUGACAUGUUCACAGAGAACCUGGACUGUGAUGUGGACUACAUCAUCAACAGUGACCUCAUGGAUGGAGACAUUAUUGACUUCAACUUUGAUCCCAUACUGCCAGGUGGCCAGGGCUACCCAGGGCCCGCCACCACGCAGAGCUCCUCUCACAAGUGGGUCCCCAGCUAACUCUCCAGCCGCUGGAAGCAGGACAGCCAUCACCCCCUUACCACAAACACUUGGUGCAUAGCUUGGAUAUUUUUUUUGCCUCUGCAUUUGCCAUUGUACCUCUGAUACAAAAAAAAAACUGUUUUGGGCAAAGAUACAAAACACGGACUAAAUUUUUUUAUAUUUUUUUGUAGUUGCCGAUCUGAUAUACACAUAUAUAUAUUUUUGGAAGACAGAAACAGACCUCAUUGUUGUUAAGUGCCAAUGUUAACCCAAGUGGGGCCAGGGGGACAGAGGAUGGCUGACACUACGACACAGUCAACAUCAGUCUCAGCUUGGAUUGGAUUUCCCUUCAGUUUUUUCCCCUCUCUUUUUUUUUGAUAGCACACUAGCUAAAGGAGCGAAGCAGCAGGACAAGGCCGAUGCGCUUGUCGUGCGGGAAAAGAAGCACAACUAAUAAACUACUAAUCAAGUUUAUUACGCAUUUAUUACUAAUACCAAAGUAGCUUAGCGUGGACACGGUACUCCUGGGUUUGGCUGCUGGACCACUGCUGUGAGGAGCCGAGCGCCGGGCGAGAGGCCGAGAGGAGGAGAGGAGAGGAGAGGAGGGCAGGACUGAGAGGGGUGUCGAUUGGACCUGGACACCUGGAUACCUGGACCUGCGCGCUGCUCAGUGGUACAGAGCGUGACCUUCUCGUUGGGUCGUCGUGUCUGAGUGGAAGUGGGCCGAGGACGAAGCCGGACUGAAUUCUUCUCCCUGUCAUUGAGUCAUGCAGUAAUUCUGAUCUCUCGGUUAGUAGCUACAGUUUGGCGCAUGUGACCACCUCUGCUCAGGAAAGGACUCGUGAUUUUCUUUUCAGUUGUGCUGAUGCAUACAGGAGGAAUCAAGGAGUGAUGCUUUUUUGGUUUUUAAUAAUUAUUGUGCAGUUAGUAACGUAAACAGUAUGAAGAAACAUGAUGUGGAAUUUUUAUACAGGGCAUUCAAAGGCAGUUUUUCUUUUCUUUCCUUUGCCAACAUGUGAUUAGUUGGCAUAGUGUUAUUACUGAAGACAGUAUGCCUCUUUUGCAGAAUGCAAUUUGUUUGAAGUUUUUUUUUUUUAGGUUUUUUUUUGCAUGCGGCAGUUUUGAGCCAGCUAAGCUUGAAACAGACAAACAUACGACACAGAAGAAUCCUUUAGUCCAGGGAAAAGAGUUGGGACCCAAACUAAUGGUGAAUCAUUUCAGCAGAGGGAAAAGGCUUUUGGUUAUGCUCUCUUGUGUAGCAUGCGACAUGGCAGUGCGAGAGACAUCGUGAAGGAUGCACAAAUGAAAUGUUAUGUAAUGCUAAUAAGGUUAUCAGCAACGAAGGUGCGAUGACACGGCCCUCGCCAUCUGACCCGGGGCCUGACCAGAGUUUAUUUCUCAACCAACGCUCUUUCUUAUAUAAUACUAACAAUCUUUUUGUAUUGAGUUUCAAUGUCGAAGCGAGAAAAUAUGAGUAUAUGGGACUAUAGUUUUAAUAGCCAGCUUAGAGAAAAGCUAAAAUUAAAAUGCAUCUUUAACAGAUAUGCAUACUAAUCAGAAAGAUACUGUUAAUGUGUUUUUUUAAUCUGCAACUUCAGAGCAUUUCUAACGGUAAUUUUUAUGUAUUCUGUUAUUUUUGUAAAAAGAUGACAAAGCAUGUAGAUUUUCUAUAUAACCAAAGGAACACUAAGAACGGCAUGUCAGCAUGAGGGUGCGCGGGAGAGGCGGGACGUAUUUCAGCGGAGAUAAGCUUUACAUAACACAAACCAGAGCCAUAUAAAGAGAUUUUAUAUGGCUCUGACACAAACCAUUCAAACAAUAGUGUGCUCCAAUCAGAGAUGGGCGCUGCACAGGGACGACCAUUCUAGAAUGCUCCGCUGUGGAACGUCUCUCUUGACCUGAGGAGCGGUUCUAAGGAAGUGGAUGAACUAAUUGACCCUUUACACGAAUGAAUGUCCUGGUGAAUACUCUCUUGCCUGUACCUUUACCUGACGAUGGAAGUCAAUCUCAUCUCAAAAUGAAAAAAAAAAAAAAAAGAGACAGAACUGGUUGAACUUAACUUUGAUGAAAAAUGCAAUGAUUAACUCUCAGGGUAAUUUAAAAGAAGAAAAAAAAAGAAUGGUGACCGCUAAAGCUUCCAGAAAAGAAGUGUUGAGAUAAUCAUAUAGCAAUUUGAAAUGAUCCAUUUUGUGCUUUCUCUCAGUCCAACACAAAAGAUUGGAAAGAGAAAUAACUAGCAAGCCCCUAUAAGAGCAUUCAGCAUGUUAAUAUAAAAUACAUAUAUAUAUAUAUCAAAUGAUAAAUAUAUAAACUAUAUUCCAUGUUUCAUUUGAAGAGGAGAGGUUCAUUGGAUCGUGAGUUCACUCAGAUUCUAAGAUGCUGUAAAACUGCCAGUGAACACUAGAGCAUGCUGCUGCUGCAGAGCGAAAUGUACCAAGCCCGACUUUCUCAAGUUCUCAUUUUUCAUUCUCUUCAUUUUCCAUUGAAUAUAUUAUUCACUUUUUUUUUGUUGAUGUUUUAGUGGAAAGGACACUUGUAUUUAAUAUAGUUGUCUGGAUGUUUCCUCCAUCUUUAAUUGAAGCAGAAUAGCAUUCACUUCAAUGUUGAUUAGAUUUCUUUCAGGAAAUGUAGUUGUGCAUUUCUUCAUCAUUUAACUGUGUUUGUCCUAACAUGUUAGAUUUAAGCCCUCGUGUCAUGGCAUUGUUUUCUAAUCACCGGUGCUACAAUCUACUAUCAGUGACUCUAAGAGGGGCAGAAACCAAUGGGUGCAGAUUUAGAUAUAAAAAGGCCUUGAAUCAUUUAUAUGCAGCAAAAAAAGUAAAUAUUUUGAAUACGUUUUUUCUAAGAACCCUAGAGUAGGAUGGAAAUAUAACCUUUUAUUGUGUUCCCCAAGAUGUCACUUAAAUAGAUUCUUAAUAAAACUGUGAAUGCAGAGAAAUGUCUGGCAUUUGGCUGGAGUUGGAAAGCUUUCGUCAAAAAUGAGAAGUCCCUGCAGCACAGCGUGCUGUCUUUAAGCAGCAGGUGUGUAGAGCACAGUGUGGACCCGCUCAUGGGAGGGAGUUGAGUUUCCAUGGACGGUUUGUGACUGUGGCUCGGGGAGAGGGGGGGCUCUGGUUCUCAUCCCACUUCCCUCUGUUCAUGCUCACGUAGGUGUGAUCGUGUGUGUGCUUGUGUGUGUGAUUGUGUGCGAGUCCAGUGAGCGUUGCGUGGGAGGGGUCGCGUCUGUUCUGCGAGCGAGUGCGAGAGCCGAGUGUUGAAGAGCGAGUGGAUUUAUGGAAGGAUGUGCUGUGGCUGUGAGCGAGAGUGUUGGAUCUGCAGCGGCCAUUGUGGCCAAAGUGACCGCAUGAACAGAGAUUUUUUCCCCUCUUCUUGGUUGGAUAGUGAAGGGGGGAAAAAUCUGUGAAGUGUAGUUUGAUGGAGACAUUUUAUUGGGCCGCCCUUCAGACCUCCUACACGAGUUUCCUCCCCUUGCCUUGUCUCUGAUUCAUCACUAUAUUUUUUUCCUCUCCCUCCUUUUUAAAUAAUACCUCUCAUGAUUUGUUUUGAACUUUAGUACUUUCUUAUAUUUUCUUAGUACUUCUUUUUCUACUACUCUUUUUCUCUUAAUCAUGAGUUAGUUCGAUUUUACUCUCUUUUUUGACUGGGUUUGAUGAGACUUUUAGAGUGUGCACAGGGUUGAGUUCUCUUGGUUUUGUUUGUUUGUUUUUUUAUGAGGGAGGGAAGGGGUUGUCAUGGGUUGUUGAGUUGUGCAUAGCCAAUACAUGUACUUGAUUUCUUUUGAUUGAUGUUUUAUUUUCCUCCUGUUGUUUUUCUUCCCAAUCUUACUUUACAUAUUGUAAAGUUAGCCAGAUAUGACUGUGAAAACAGUCCUGGAGAAUGGAAUUAAACUUAAUCUGUUUAACCAAA